CGUCAACAGAGAGUGUGUGUUCAGAGGACUCGCAGUCAGCGGCAGCAGCUGGAUUGUACCGAUAGAACAUCUGUUCAGAAACCAUGGAGACAUUGUACAGUAUACCGUUCGCUGUGCUCGAGUGCCCCAACAUAAAACUGAAGAAGCCGUCGUGGCUGCACAUGCCGUCGGCUAUGACUGUGUACGCCAUCGUUAUUGUGUCCUACUUUCUCAUCACAGGAGGCAUCAUCUACGAUGUUAUUGUAGAGCCACCAAGUGUGGGUUCAAUGACUGAUGAACAUGGACACCAGCGGCCAGUGGCCUUUCUGGCUUACAGAGUGAAUGGUCAGUACAUCAUGGAAGGACUGGCUUCCAGUUUCCUCUUCACGAUGGGAGGCCUUGGAUUUAUAAUCCUGGACCGCUCCAACGCACCAAACAUUCCCAAACUCAACCGCUUCCUGUUGCUCUUCAUCGGUUUUGUCAGCGUUCUCCUCAGCUUCUUCAUGGCCAGAGUUUUCAUGCGCAUGAAGCUGCCAGGUUACCUCAUGGGCUAGAGACAAAGAGAGCACACUGAAAAUGAAUUAGACGGACAGAGGACAUCACAUGCGUUGGGGCUCCAACAGGCAGUUCAACUAAAAUUAUGGAUAAACUCGACCUUUUCGAUAUAAUCAGCCAUUCAGGAUGGAAAGCACUGAUCUCGCUAAAGAAAUUAGACCUGCCUGCACUGACAGUCUCUCUCUGGCUGUGUCUCAUUGGUGUUCAGUGACUUCCUUCCUUCUUCUUUUUUUCCAACUUUCCUAACAAACUGAUGCAGAAGAGGAUCACAUAGGUAACUGUUAAAAGGCAUUAUCACCAGUGUUGCCAUGUGUUUUGAUUAAAUUUAAUUUCACUUUACUAGAAGCUAGAAGUAGCAUACCGUGCAGCGUGGGAAAUUUCUCCGAGCCACUGGAGAAGAAAUAGGAAAGGAAGUUACUGAACACUGCUGGCAUGGAGCUACUCAUUUGGUAUCGGGAGGGGGGGAAUAAGAUUAAAGUUGUGUGUUUUUGUAAAGAAAUCAUUGACAGAGCCUUGAACUUGUCACAGUUGCAAUUUUGUACAAGGGUGUGAAAUAAAUCUUCUUUUCAGAA